AUGAGGCUUACCUCGGUUCUAGCGCUUCUUUCUACAUCAGACGCGAUGCAGUUCGAUUUCGAGGAACUAAAAGCGUUCUUUCACGAUAGCUUGGGAAUCGACGCUGGCGACUAUUUUGAAGAAAACGCCCAAAUUGGUACGCAGCUGACAUCAGCAAAUAGCGGAUGCAAUACAGAGAAUCUCCAAAAAAAAGGCACUCUUGAAUGCAAAAACUACGAUCUUGCCGCUGACGGAUUUGUGGAUCACAACACGGUUUGCAAUUGGAAGUGUCUCGAAGAGGGGAAGAUACUCAAGAGCAAGGGCCAGCUGACUUGCGUGGAUGGACAGUGGGAGGGCACUCGCAGCCCGAACUGCGUGGAACCUUGCGCCUGGCGCGCUCUCAAGCUCGCAACUUCGGCCGAAUGGAAGACGUGCAAAGAAGACGACAGCUUCGGAAUGCCGUCCUAUGUUUGUCAGCCCUUUGAGACAAGGCGAGCACGCGCCCGCUGCAGCUGUAGAGAUUCCAGAAAAAGUGGAAAGUGUGAGUGGAAAGUAAAGCAAGCCUGA